AUGGUCUGGCCAGAGCUGGCUCCCAACCCUGCUGUAGUCAGGGACCCACCCCCUGAUUUAGGCGCCCCAGAGGCUUCUGGCCCAAGGAUCCGCGCUGCUGGUGAGCUGACAGUGUCAGGGUUGCAGCCCCUGCUGUGCGUGCCAUGUUCAGCCUCUCUCAACAGAAACGCCAGAGCAGAGCCGUUAGCCAGCGGCGCAUGCGCAGCUCAGCAGGCUGAGGAGAACCGCGCCCUGGCCACGUUCCCCAGGGACCGGCGUGCAGGUGGCAACUGCCGCUGGAGGCACUUCCGGGUUGGAGGCCUCCCUGGAACGGAACACGGGGGGCGCCAUGCACAUGGCCCGCUUGACAUAGCCACUGCGCCCCCUCCUCUGACCUGCGAUCCAGGAGCUGGACCCUGCACUGGGCACCCGGUGCACGCUCAGGGGUGCACUGGAGGUCGGUCCAGCCCUCCUGCAGUCAGGGACCCACGCCUCGAUCUUAGCGCCCCAGAGGCUUCUGGCCCAAGGAUCCGCGCGGCUGGUGACGCUGACAGUGGUCAGGGUUGCAGCCCCCUGCUGUGCGUGCCAUGUUCAGUUGGUGGCAAUGACUUGCCCAGGGGCCAGGAGCGCCAGAGCACCUUCAGCCAGCUAGUGUACACCAACAACGACUCCUACAUCAUCCAGUACGGGGAUCUUAGAAAGAUCCAUAAAGCUGUCUCCCGGGGCCAAGUCUCAAAGCUGCAGAAGAUGACCUUGAAGAAGAAGACCAUCAACCUUAAUGUAAAAAGACGCCAGGAGAGAGAUCAGAUGAUCCCAUCAGAAUCCAAACAAAAGGACAAAGAAGAAAAUUCUUGGGAUUUAGAGGAGGAAGCAACAAAGACAGUAACUGGACAACACGAAAAUGAUAUUGGCAUUAUUGAACAAGCUCCACAAGAUCAAACAAAUAAGAUACCCACAUCAGAAUCAAGACAAAAAGAAGAUACAGAAUCUUCAGAUUCUGAGAUUAUCUCUGAGAGUGAUAUACAGAAUUAUGUGUGUUUAACUGAGGCUACAUAUCAAAAAGAAAUAAAGACAAUAAAUGGCAAAAUAGAAGAGUCUACUGAAAAGCCUUCUGACUUUGAGCCUGCUGUUGAAAUGCAAAACUCUGUUCCAAAUAAAGCUUUAGAAUGGAGGAAUAAACAAACAUUGAGAGCAGAUUCACCUAGCCUAUCAAAAAACUUGGAUGCAGUUCCUUCUUGUAAAAGAGCAAGGGAACUUAUAAAAGAUCACUGGGAACAACUUACAGCAAAAACUGAACGAAUGAAAAAUAAGAUUUGUGUACUAAAAAAGGAAAUAUCAAAAGCAAAAGAAAUAAAAUCACAGUUAGAGAAUCAAAAAGUUAAACGGGAACAAGAGCUCUGCAGUGUGAGAUUGACUUUAAACCAAGAAGAAGAGAAGAGAAGAAAUGAAAAAAUUAGGAAAGAAUUAGGAAGAAUUGAAGAGCAACAUAGGAAAGAGUUAGAAGUGAAACAAGAACUUGAACAGGCUCUCAGAAUACAAGAUAUGGAAGUGAAGAGUGUAAGAAGUAAUUUGAGUCAGGUUUCUCACACUCAUGAAAAUGAAAAUAAUCUCCUACAUGAAAAUUGCAUGUUGAGAAAUGAAAUUGCCAUGCAACAACUGGAAAUAGACAAACUAACACACCAACGCCAGGAGAAGGAAAAUAAAUACUUUAAGGACCUUAAGAUUUUAAAAGAAAAGAAUGCUGAACUUCAAAUGACUCUAAAACUGCAAGAGGAAUCAUUAACAAAAAGGGCAUCUCAAUAUAGUGGGCAGCUUAAAGUUCUGAUGGCUGAGAACACAGAGCUCACUUCUAAAUUGAAGGAAAAACAAGACAAAGAAAUACGGGAGAGAGAAAUUGAAUCACACCAUCCUAGACUGGCUUCUGCUGUACAAGACCGUGAUCAAAUUGUGACACCAAGAAAAAGCCAAGGACUUGCUUUCCACACUGCAGGAGAUGCUUCUCUGCAAGGCAAAAUUAAUGUUGAUGUGAAUAAUACAAUAUAUAACAAUGAGGUGCUCCAUCAACCACUUUCUGAAGCUCAAAGGGAAUCCAAAAGCCUAAAAAUUAAUCUCAAUUAUGCAGGAGAUGCUCUGAGGGAAAAUACAUUGGUUUCAGAACAUGCACAAAGAGAGCGAGAUGAAACACAGUAUCAAAUGAAGAAAGCUGAACACAUGUAUCAAAAUGAACAAGAUAAUGUGAACAUACACAAUGAACAGCAGGAGUCUCUGGAGCAGAAAUUAUGUCAACUACAAAGCAAAAAUAUGUGGCUUCGACAGCAAUUAGUUCAUGCACGUAACAAAGCUGAUAACAAAAGCAAGAUAACAACUAAUAUUCCGCUUCUUGAGAGGAAAACGCAACAUCAACUCCUAAAAGAGAAAAAUGAGGAGCUAUUUAAUUACAAUAGGCAUUUAAAAGACUGUAUAUAUAAAUAUGAAAAAGAGAAAGAAGAAAGACAAGUAAGUAUCAAAAAAUAUAAAUACUUGUCAACCUUCCUGAAAGAAAAUUUAAAGCAUAUUUGGCGUUGGUUAAAUGCUGAAUCUAGUAGAAUAUAA